AUGGAUGACGUUCAUGAAGCUGUGGAAAAGCCUAGAGAAGAAGUUCAUGAUGUUGUGGAAGAACCUAGAGAAGAAAUUCAUGAUGUUGUGGAAGAACCUAUAGAAGAAGAAAUUGAACGACAAGUGCCAGAUGAUAUGCCUUGUAUAGAUGAAGGCAUAGCCAUCUUCAUUGUUUUUCCGUCGAUACAAGUCUGGCGUGCUCUUCUCCUAAUCGAUACAAGUCUUUUCAACCUGGGGAGUGGGGACCAUCCCAAACCUAUGUUUCUUGGUCGAUUGGAAUAUGAGACAUGA